AUGGCUGCAGAGAAGAUUGCCUCUCGUUGGAUGUACCUCCCACGCGAUGCCGUCCGGCACAAGCAACGUCAAGCAUAUAAAAACCGCGAUCCAUUUGGCCAGACUAUCACACACACUGUCGCUCCACAGGAGGGCCAGGUAGCCUCGGAGCCACCUGAGUUUUGGAACACUCCACUUCAUGAUCCUGAAGAUUUGUACUGGGUCGCCGUCUACAAACUCCUCCAUAGCGUGCCUGCCGCAAAUCCGGUGCCUGCACCGAGGCAGGUUCACACUCGGAACCUCUUGUUCGGGUAUGGAAACACAUCGAAUGAUCGCAAGCGAUUCAUGAGUUUUGGUCGGCUGUCGGAGCCCCUGAAGACACCGGCAACCGACCCGGAGAUGGUACCGGCCGCAUUCUUGCCAUGGUGGCUUGUCCUGAAGGAAAUCGGAGCAGUCAUUGCGAGAGCCCAUUAUGACUAUGAAGCGGAGUGGAAUAACGACAUGUUCUACCCCAAUCUACAGAAGAUCUGGUCGCUUUUUGACGACCUGGUCGAGACGAUGCCACCGGAUCUAGAGAUUGCAGAUUAUCCUGACCCCAAGGAGGAUGCGGCACCGACACACCAAUUGAUACCGGGGAGUGAAUCUCCCAGCCAAGGCCGAGCGACCAAGAAACGCAGAACCAAUAACGAGUAG